CGGAAGCUAGGGUAUAAAUGAUAAAACGGGUUGAAAUAUCGGAGUGAAAUCGGAACUCAGUAGUUUUAUUAUAUAAUCAGGAGAGUUGGAUUUCGACAGCAGUUUUUUAUUUUAUUAGUACAUAUAUAUUUCUCUCUGGCGAAGUUGAAUUCCAUUCUCAAUUUCUGCAUCAAGAAAUCUGCUGUCUGAAUCUCAUCGAUGGUCUAAGGUGGAUCGAUUGGCCGAUUCAGAAUCCGCCCUCUCUAAUUUCCCCUUCGGUUUGGUAUCUUUUUCCGUCGCCUGGUACUAUUCCUUUCCAUGGGUCUAAUUCUGAAGAUUCUUUCUUCUUGGUGAGCCCAUUGACUGGUGAAUGACGAUGGGAUUGCAAUCUUCUGGUAAAUUCCUUGAAUUUGCUGGAGGAUUAAGCCAUCCCGCUGGUUGGUAGUUAAUCCAGUUUCUAAGUUUCUUCGGGUUGGGUUUUGAAGUCUUUAUUUUGCGUCUGUAUCACACAAAGAAGCGAAUAGUGGGUAUAUCUUAACGGGGGUGAGGGAUAUGGACGAAGGCUGUAAUAGUAGAAGGGAGGAAAUAUCUCUGCCAGGGGAAUCCGAAGUGAGCGAGAGCUCAACAUCAUCUUCGUCCACAUCGAGGGUGAUACCUUGGCAUCCUAGGCCGCUUGCCUUCCGUCCUUAUUCGUCGAGUCUGGACACAAAUGCAAAACCUCAACUGUUGCGAGUGGUUGUCAGAAGGCCGUUGGUUGCUCGAUUAACUAAGGAUAUUGUUGAGAUAUAUCAAAUAUGCAAUCCUCAGUUCCGUUAUUCAGAAGAGCUGAAUCCAAAGAGGUACUUGACCUCGCCGUCGGUUGGACUGCUGAAUGAUGGCUGUGAUAAUGCAAACUCAGACCUCAUUCUUACAGUUAAUUAUUCCCUGGUUAACUCGGACACAAAGCGGAGGUACAUUGUCAAGGACAUUCUUGGUCAUGGAACAUUUGGGCAGGUUGCAAAAUGCUGGGUGUCAGAGACAAAUAGUUAUGUUGCUGUGAAGAUAAUCAAGAAUUUGCCUGCCUAUUACCACCAGGCACUUGUUGAAGUUUCUAUUCUUACAACUUUAAAUAUGAAGCAUGAUCCAGAGGAUAAACAUCACAUUGUUCGGAUACAUGAUUAUUUUGUGUAUCAGCGGCACCUGUGCAUUGCCUUUGAGCUGCUUGAUACCAAUCUGUAUGAGCUUAUAAAGUUAAAUCAUUUUAGGGGAUUGUCAUUGAGCAUUGUGCAGCUAUUUUCAAAACAGAUACUGCGUGGGUUAGCUCUUAUGAAAGAUGCUGGUAUUAUUCAUUGUGAUCUAAAGCCAGAAAACAUUCUUCUAUGCACAAGUGUUAUUCAUACAUUUGACAGUGUAAAGCCAGCAGAAAUCAAAAUCAUAGACUUUGGAUCAGCCUGUAUGGAAAACCGUACUGUUUAUUCUUAUAUACAGAGUCGGUAUUAUAGAUCACCUGAAGUUGUUCUUGGGUACCAGUAUACAACAGCUAUUGACAUGUGGUCAUUUGGGUGCAUUGUUGCUGAAUUAUUUUUAGGCCUACCCUUGUUUCCCGGAGCUUCAGAGUUUGAUCUUCUGAGGAGGAUGAUAAAAAUACUAGGUGGACAACCUCCCGACCAUAUUCUGCGGAAGGCCAAAAAUACAAGCAAGUUUUUUAAAUAUAUUGGGAGCAUCAACCAUGAAGAAAGGGACCAUUAUCAAAGAAAUAAUUGUAACAUGUAUCAAGUUUUGACUGAAGAAGAAUAUGCAGCUAGGGAAUCAAAAAGGCCAUCAAUUGGAAAGGAGUACUUUAAUAAUAUGAACCUUGAAGCAAUUGUCAGCAAGUACCCCUAUAGGAAAAAUUUGCCUGAGGAAGAUAUUCUUAAAGAAAGUCAAAUAAGAUUAGCUCUGAUUGAUUUCUUAAGGGGGCUUGUUGAGUUUGAUCCUGCAAAACGGUGGUCCCCUUUGCAGGCUUCAAAGCACCCUUUUGUGACUGGGGAACCUUUUACGUGCCCGUACCAACCUGCUCCGGAAACCCCUAAUGUGCCAGUUUCUCACAAUGUUAAGGUGGACCACCAUCCUGCUGGUGGACAUUGGUUCGCUGCUGGUCUCUCCCCUAAUGUAUCAGGUAGGAACAGAGCGUUGAUGCCAACAAGUCCGCAUUACCAAUUAUUUCCAUUUGUGCAUCCGGGUAGUUAUGGUAGUAUGGGAAGCCAUGGGAGCUUCAAUGAUAGCUUGGGACUUGGAAGUAGUUAUGGAAGCUAUGGUGACAAUGGAAACUUUCACGCAUUUUAUUCCCCAGCAGGACCAUCUGGCAUGAAUUUCUAUGCACAGAGUGGUAUCUCAGUCCUUGGGAAUAGUCCUGAUGCUAGGCGCUUCAUGCAACUUCCACAUGGGAAUGGAAUUGGUUAUAGCCCUGGGAAUUUUCCACCUAUGUCACUGGGUUCUAGUCCUUCACAGUUUACACCUCCCGGCUCCUAUAGUAAGAUUUCAACUGGUUCACCUGGACACUAUGGUCCUCCUUCUCCUGUAAGAGGUAACUGUCACGGAUCUCUUUGGGGAAAAAUGGCAUCUGGAAGCCAUUAUAACAGAAGAAAGAACUGGGCCUAUCAUACUAAUUUCCAAUCCCAAGAAAACACAACUUCUUCUAGCAGUCAAGGACAGGUUCCUGAUAAUAGAACUUGUUGCCAGUCUGAGGGGAUGGUUAGUUCCUCGUCACAUCAAUGGACCUACCCAAAUGUAUUAUCAACAGGGAGACAACAAAAUGUAAGCCAGAGCAUAACCUCUGGUUAUUCCUCUUCACAUAUACCAACUACCCAAGGUAGUAGUGGACGCGACCAAUCCGAAUGUAAUAACUCCCUGCCUGAUCCUGGAGAUUGGGACCCUAAUUACAGUGAGGAAUUACUUUUACAAGAGGACAGUUCACAGAUUAGCAGCAUGGCCAGUGAAUUUAUCCGGGAGGUAAACUUGAGUCAACCUGUGACCUCUAUCGACCCAAUGAUCGGAGGAGGAAGAUUCAGUCGCAUUGCAAAUGGCAAUAUUUUCAUGCACAGGAAUAAUGGACCAGUGCAGUCCUUCCCUCAUGGUGAAGCAAGCAGCAAUCCUGCCAUUCAUAGUUAUGCUCAUGUGAUAAAUCAAUCAUAUAUUAUGCCACAUUUGGCACAAAGCUCUCCCAGCCGUUUGGGGCAGCGGCACAUUCAGCAACAUAACCUUGGGAGAUCAGCACCUUUUCCCAACGAUGACUGGAGCCAUUUGCAUGUCCGUGUCUCUGAAUAUUCUGGGGGUCCACAGUCUCCUGGAAGACCAGACUCACAGUGGGGACCUAGAGGAAGUUACUCAGUUUCCAAUGCUCCUCCUCCUGUGUUCCAUGAAAGAAAAGAUUGUGGAAGGAAGACCUGAUAUUAAGAAUAUAGUUUGGUGCAGACUGAAUGCGAAUGUUGUUAUCCAUCCUUGCGCAUGCUAUCCCUGGAGGGGAUUAGAAACUUUCUGUUUUUUUUCUCCAGGGAUUCUUUUUAUGUUGGUCUUUUUUUCAUGACUUUUCAAUUCAUGCAUGGGUGCACUCGGUUGUGAUGCCUUUUUUCUGUUGAUGCUUGCCAUCGGGCUACUGAUUUCUGGUUUGUAACAGCUAUAGAAAUGCAUUCCAUGGUUUAAACGUA